AUGAGCCUGACCCCCUCGGAGGCGUCGUGGGCGGGGUCUCUGCCGUCGCUGGGCGCCGCCGUGGGCCCCUGGCUGGGCGGCUGGCUGUCCGACAAGCUGGGCCGCAAGGCCACCGUCAUGCUGGGCGCCGCGCCCAUCGUGCUCAGCUGGGUGGCGCUCAUCUUCUGCGAGUACGAACCCGUCUGGCUGUGCGUCGUGCGCUUCGUGUCCGGCCUCGGCGUUGGACUCAUCUUCGCCGCCAUGCCGACCUACGUGGGGGAGAUCGCUCAGGCAGACGUCAGAGGCGGGCUCUCCUCGCUGAUCCAGGUCUCGAUGACGACCGGCUUCAUGAUCGACUACUGCGUGGGCCCGUUCGUCUCGUACACGACACUGGCGAUCAUUGGGAUGGUGACGCCGCUGGUGGCCGUGGCGUGCUUCGCAUGGAUGCCCGAGUCGCCCUACUACCUGCUGGCCGUGGGGAAGGACGCCGCUGCGGAGAAGUCGUUGCGCUGGCUGCGGGACCCGGACCGCGACAUCAUGUCGGAACUGCGUCAGAUGAAGAAAGCCGUUGAGGAGUCCAGGCUGAACGAGCCCUCUGUGUUGGACCUGUUCCGGUCGCGCCGCUGCCGCCGCGCGCUGGCCAUCUCUCUGGGCGUGGUGUGCGCCGAGCAGAUCCAGGGCAUCAACGCGGUGCUCUUCUACAGCCAGAGCAUCUUCAUCGCGGCAGGUGGUUCCGUCAGCGACAUCGUCGCCCCCAUGAUCAUCAACGGCACCAUGCUCGUGGAGUCGUGCUUCGCUCCCUUCCUGGUGGACCGAGUGGGUCGCAGGCGGCUGCUGCUCUUCUCUUCUACCGGCAUGUGUCUGGCACUGAUUCCUUUGGGCGUAUUCUUCGUUUUGAGCGACGCAAAGCAGGAUGUGGAGAGUAUCGGAUGGAUUCCCGUCACAGCCCUAAUCUUCUAUAUUAUCGUCUAUACACCAGGUUACGGCUGCCUACCAUUCACGGUAUCUGGCGAAGUCUUCCCACCCAACGUGAAGAUCGUGGCGAUGCCGAUGGCCGCAUGCGUGUCUUGGUUCAUGUCCUUCAUAGUCACCAGGUUCUACGAAGACAUCGCCCUCGCAGUGGGAAACGGCGGUCCCUUCUUCGUGUUCGCGGGAUGCGCACUACUCGUAACGAUUUACGUCUACUUUGUGGUGCCGGAGACGAAGGGGAAGACCCUUGAGGAAAUACAAGAGAUGCUCGGCGAGGAGAAGGGCGCGUCCUUCGGACCUGUGCUGCCAGCGAUCGGUAGUUAGAGAACUCUGCUGUGCAAUAUUCUGUGCCGGGAGCUGUUUCGAUAUGUGGAAGUGUUAAUAGACAGUGGCUUCUUCUUGUGAUAGUAUGUCCAGAGUUGCCAAUACUUCGAUGGAGCACCUCAAGAAGAGGAAGAAGAAGCAUGCAACGCUGUUACUAGGGAAUUAUUUCAUAAGUAAGAACACAGAAAAUGCACCGUCUGUUUCAUUAUUAGGCGUGAUCUAUACGUGUAGUAGCUCAGAGGGAGAUAGUUCAAAGUGUGAACAGUUGAAGUCGACAUUUACGACAGAACGUGACGCUACGUAGCUGUCUAAUUACAUUCGCUUGGAACCGAGAUGACUUCAAUUGACUUUGAGAAAGAUCCCCUCAUCAGCGCCACGACCAGUUCCUUUCUCCCACACUCAGAACUCCUUCUCCAAAGGUGUCAUCGGGAUGCUAAGCUAUAGCCAUUCAACUCUGCAAAGAUAUUUUAUGGCUGUGGAAUGUCUUCCGUGUAUCGCUAGCAGUUAACUUCCAGUGUCAAAAUGACACAUUCUGUACUCCAGUAUGGAGAAUUUAGAACAACUGUUUUGUCUUAUGCUACCAAUGCAAGAGAUACUUGUACUGGCCGAAGUUAGCAUGUAAAGAACAAGAAACUUAGAUAGCAAUGACGAAAGACUACUACAUUUUACACAUCACCAAGGAUACUCUACAACAUCGUUUCUACAUUUCUCAUUAACGGUCCUGACCAGCAGUGCAAAAACUUUCAGUAUCGCCCGUUAUUUAGAUUCAAACAACGAGAAAUUUAAAUGGAAACGUUGACGUCUGGAAUUCUGCGCUCUGGUUUCCGCCAAAUAACAACUUCCUUAUCGUUAUUUCCUUUUUAAGAUCACUGUUCACCCCUGAUUCUCUUCAUUUAGCUCCUAUGACUUUCUUCUGAUAAUAGAGAUCUACGUCAUAUGUACAAUUAAAAAAACAGGUUGUUAGAUUAAA